UCCCUUCCGGUUACCUUCUUUUUUUACCUGAAUCGCCUUCUCUUCUCUCUCUCUCUCUCUCUCUCUCUCUCCCUCUCUCGCUUCAAUUCUGUCUCUGUUUCACCAAUUCAACUGAUUAGAUUUCUCUCUCUCUCCCCCCUCUAGGUACGGAGACACAACAAAAAAUCAGCAUAAAAAUCCCAGGAUUAGGGUUUUCGGACAAGACAUAACCCUCCUCCUUUGUUUCUCUGGCAUCCCACACCAAAUCUCUCUCUCUCUCUCUAAAAGUAUGCAGGAAGCGGCGGCGCUAGGGAUAAUCGGAGGCCACGGCGGCGGAAGCAACAUCAGCGGCGGCGGCGGAGGAGAGGUAAGAGAUCCGAUGGCGGCGGCGGUGGCAGAGCAGAACAAACAGCUAAAGGCGGAGAUAGCGACGCAUCCGAUGUACGAACAGCUUCUGGCAGCUCACGUCGCUUGCCUCAGAGUGGCCACUCCAAUCGAUCAGCUUCCCUCCAUUGAUUCUCAGCUCUCUCAGUCUCAUCACCUUCUCCGUUCCUACGCCGCCAUGGCCGCCGCCUCCUCUUCUCUCUCCUCCUCCCAUCACGACCGCCACGAGCUCGAUAAUUUCCUGGCACAAUAUCUUAUAGUGCUAUGCAGUUUCAAGGAACAGCUGCAACAACACGUGAGGGUUCAUGCCGUCGAAGCAGUCAUGGCGUGCCGUGAAAUCGAGAACAAUCUGCAUGCUCUCACAGGGACGACGUUAGGGGAAGGGAGUGGGGCGACGAUGUCGGAUGACGAGGACGAGCUUAAGAUGGAUUUCUCGUCGGAAAACUCCGGCGGCGGGGGAGGAGACAUUGGGCAUGAUAUGAUGGGGUUUGGUCCGUUGCUUCCGACAGAAUCGGAAAGGUCUCUUAUGGAAAGAGUCAGACAAGAACUUAAAAUCGAACUCAAACAGGGUUUUAAAUCAAGAAUAGAAGAUGUGAGGGAAGAGAUCUUGAGGAAGAGGAGGGCAGGGAAAUUGCCGGGAGACACAACCACGGUCUUGAAGAAUUGGUGGCAGCUACAUGCCAAGUGGCCUUAUCCUACGGAAGAUGACAAGGCAAAAUUGGUGGAGGAGACGGGGCUUCAGCUGAAGCAAAUAAACAACUGGUUCAUCAAUCAGAGGAAGAGAAAUUGGCACAACAACUCUCAUUCCGUCACUUCUUUGAAAUCCAAACGCAAACAUUAAUUGAAUCGGUACUAUAUUUUACUAUAAUUAAUUACUCGAGUACUAAUCAUGGUGUUGAUCAUGGUUUGUAAUAUAUCAUCAAUAACCUACGUCCGUUGUCUUUUGGCCCAUACACUCUGAUUAAUUAGUUGAUUAGUCAGUGCUUUCAUAUGUACCUCUAAUAUUUUUUUUUUAAAUUUUUUGAUUUUUUGUAAAACUCGUGCUAUGCUUGAUCUGAAACGUUUCAAAGUAAUUGGACUGUUAUA